CUCGCGACUCUGCCCAACUUCUCAAUUAGACGACUGUAGCAGCAACAACCAUGCGCUCCUCACUGCGUCUAGCCCAGGGUGCAAAGCAAGCUGCGAGUUUUAGUGCUCAAGGGGCGGAGGUGCACGCAACGCCCGGUCCUUACGUCUGGCGCAGCGCUGCAACACCAGGCCCAUCAUCAGGUCGGCUUUCCGGGCGUUCCAUCGCUGUAAAGGACAACAUCUCUUAUGCAGGUGCGCCCACGACAUGCUCGUCCCGCAUUUUAGAGGGAUAUAUGCCGCCCUACACUGCGACUUGUGUGCAGCGCCUCAUCGAUGAGGGCGCGCACAUCGUGGGCAAGACGAAGAUGGAUGAGUUUGGGAUGGGCUCUGAGAACACGCACAUGCCCAAAGGUUGGGGGCCGGUACCCAACCCAUCUGGUCCGCCAGGCGAACCUCGCUCAGUAGGAGGUAGCUCGGGUGGUUCGGCUGCGGCGGUGGCAGAUGGCAGCGCAUGGGCCGCGCUGGGGACAGACACGGGUGGCUCAGUGCGCCUGCCGGCAUCAUUCUGCGGGGUCGUGGGUUUGAAACCCAGCUACGGCAUGAUCAGCCGGUACGGCGUGGUGUCGUAUGCGGACAGUCUUGAUUGCGUGGGCGUACUAGGCUCAACGAUCGAUGUCGUGGAGGAGGUUUUCGGCGUACUGUCUGUUCCAGAUGAGCGGGACAUGACAUGCGCGACCGCGGCAACUCGCGAACGCGCCGCAAGUAUCGCCGCGGCCGCCCCAUCGAGCAUGCAGGGCCUGCGGAUCGGGUUGCCAGUGCAGACGCACGUCCAGGGCGCGUACCAGCUCCCGCCAGCUCUGCUGGAGCACCUCAAGUCCCAGGGGGCGGAGCUGGUGCCCGUUGACAUCCCGGCGCUCCGCCUUUCACUUCCGGCGUACUAUGUGCUCGCGACGGCGGAGGCAGCGUCCAACCUCGGCCGGUUUGGCGGGUCGUGGUGGGGCUCAGCGUGGGAGCGCGCGCGCGACGACGAGAGCGGUACCGAGCGCCGGCGCCGCAUUCGCUCCGAGGGGUUCGGGUAUGAGGUCCGCAAGCGCAUCAUGGCCGGCACGCACACGCUCACGGCGGACGCAUUCAACAAUUCGUAUCUCAAGGCGCUAGCGCUGCGGCAUGAUUUGAAGCAGCAGUACUCGGACGUGUUCGCCCUCGCGCAUCCCUUGCGAGGAGAGGGGAGGCAGGGCGGCGUGCACGUCCUCCUCCACCCCACAGCUAUCGGCCCGGCACCACGCCUUCACGAUGACGGGAGCGGUGAUGAUGCGCGCUACGAGUACCUCCAGGACGUCCUGACUGCCAGUGCCAACCUGGCCGGCCUGCCCGCCAUGAGCGUUCCGGCUAGUCGCGUGGACGGGUGGCCCGUAGGUGUGAGCAUCGUAGGGCAGUGGGGCACAGAAGACGUGGUGUUCCGCGCAGGACGAGGUGUUGAAGCGUGGGUUCAGGCGAGCGCCUCAUCAUAGUCCACCUCCAGUAACCUCAUCCUCCCGCUCCUCUCCAGCCCACCCCUACUAUAUCACUCUAGAUGCACAUGCAUAAUCUACACUUGCCG